AAUGAGAAGGGAGCCUUUCAAAGAAUGCUGCCAAGUUGGCUUGCAGCAGAGAGGCUGCAGGGCAGAAUGGCAGCAAAGAGUUAAGAAGAAAUGGCUCGGAACUGAGCAGGGUGGGGCUGUCAGAGCUCUUGUGGACACGGAAAUGCUUUAGUUCUGCCAUAAAGCUCCUCCUGGCCUCUUGCUAGUGUGCAGCUUCUUCACAGUCCGUGCUGAGGUAGUGAACUGGUGCCAGUGAUGCCAGCCCUGCGAUGUCUCCACACAAAGCCUGGCUGCUCUGACUGCAGCCCUCCCCUUUCCCAGCCAUCCCCAGCCCAGCACUGCUCAGAGGGAGGUCCUGGCUUCCUGUCCCCCUGUUUGGAGUCUGCUGGAGCAUAAGAGAGUGUGGCUUCCUGCAGGGUCCUAGAGUUUCCAUGUCUCCAGAAGGACAUACGUGUUUCCCUGUAGUUUCUGCCCCUCUAUGGAUCUUCUCCUAAGUGCUGCAGGGUGCUGAGAGCUGUGCAGGACACAGCCCCAGUUCCUACCUCAAGGCUCUUGGAACCUAAAAGAUGGACAUAGGUUAGGUCAGAGCACCUGCCGAAGAGAGUGCUUAAAACAGUGUGCUGGGCUGACUUUAAUUGGAGGGCGAAGGCCUAAAUGCCUAGUCAUAGGAGACAUUGCCUUGGUAGCCCUUGUGAGCCUUCUGGAAUGGUACCCAGAAGGGAGCCUUAUGCACUGGGAUUGGAAGGGCCAAUUACCAAAUGCUGCUGCUUUUAUGGCUGGCCUAAAAAUCCAUCCUUCCAUCUCCCAUCUUUCCUACUACAACCCUGGGCCAUUCCUUGAUCACCUUCGCUGUUGCCACCUCGUCCUCUCCCCUCCAGUGCUGCCACAAUCAUCUUUCUUUCCCAUCACUGACUUGUCAGACCCUUAUUUGCAUCCCUCCACGACGCCCCAACACCUUCCAUAUCAAGUUCCAGCUUCUGGUCUCCUGCCUGCUCCUCUGUUCUCAUGUCCUUUCCCCAAACUCCUCUUUAUAACCUUCUGUCCAAUGUAGAUUGCUUGAUGGCUUGCAAGUUUACUAUCUUACAGCAUCUUGGCAUCACUCUUUCUACCCUGUGUCCCUGGUGUGUUCGUUUCACGAUGUGGAUGCUAGCCAGACAGUGGCAGUGCUACAUUUUCCCAGCUACUUCAUAACUAUUUUGUUAUGCCUGGCUGUGCUAAGUGUCUCUGAAGAGAAAGCAAGCAGCACUGCUGGAGCAGCCUGUCUCUGCUGGGAAUAACAGUGAAGACAGGAAACUGUUCAGCCUGGAGAUCCCCCGGUCAGAAGGGUGAGGGAUGUGUCUCUAUGCAAGAGAGGUGACAGCCGGGGAGCCAAGCAUCAGUGCCCUUGCUGGACCAGAGAGGGGAAAUACAGGUGCAGUUGCCCUGAACUGUGACAGCACAUACUUACUGUAGUGACAUACAGACUAGUGCUAUCUACUGCCAUUGAGGAGAGGGUGAAUACAGCAAUAGGAGCAAAUUGUCAGCCUAUAUUUUCAGCUAGGAUUGGGCUUUUAUUUUUCUUCUUUGCAUAUGCUUGACAAAGUGCUGCUAAAAAGGACACUAAAAAUCACACUUGGAAUUUUUUUUACCUACUGUUGUUCCAUGUAACAAUUAAGAUGCGUGUAAUGGAAGCAACAUGAAGAAAAAAAAAUCUGUUUUAUCUGUAGAUUGACAGAACAUCAGGUAGUCAGUGUUACUGCUUCACCUGUCUGCAUGGGCCUUUUGAACUGCAACAGGAACAAUGAACCCCUCUUCAAAAGCUAAAAUAUGGUUGUCAAACCACACACCUGGCCUGCGAACUAGAGCAAUUGUAGAACCUGAACCUGGUUGGUCACUUUUAAAUGAAAUCCACCUAAAAAGAAAUGGAAGUAUCCCUUUGACUCCAGUGGUGUUUGGUCACUGAAUUUAGCCAAUCCAAUAGAAGGAGGAAAAUUAAUACCAAAAUGCUAGAUGUUACAGAACCAGAGGUGAGCGCUCCUGGAUCCAUGAGCGGGGCCAAAUUUUCAGAUGUGGUUGGCAGCUCCCACUGGUAAGCCCCCUUGGAACAUCUGGCCCCAAUCUCUUUCAGACCGCCUGUGCAUGCAAAUGAAAGCUUUAGCAAUCCCAAAGCAGCCUUGUUCAGUUUACACUGUUCUUCCCAUUGUUUGUAAACAACGUAAUCCCUAACAAAGGAUGCUGCGUCCAUCAGCAGCUGCGUCAUUAGCCCUGGAGCCCUAACACACUGGCGUGUAUUGUUCUUGCUAGAGGCGAUAACAAUGCGCUAUUUGUCUGUGCAGUAGUGCCUGCUGCCAGCAGAGGGGGUUUCCGAGCUAUGGUCCAUUGUUGGAGACAAACUGCGGCCGGAGCCUUAGCCCAGGGCUCACAUAGUAUCUCACCCACCUUAUCUUUCACCUACUAUCUUCUAUUGGACCAGCUUCUGUUGGAGAGAGAGAAGCUUCCAAGCCACACACCUCCUCUCUCUCUUAUCCUGGGGGGGACCGACCUAGGUGCCCCUCCCCUGCAUGUAGUAUGAGAAAGAUCUUUUAAGAGUACAGCACACUUAGCAAAACUCCUUGUGGUUAGUGGUUGACUGCAGAAGAUGUUUGGAAAGCCUGGGAUCGCAGCUGUGAUAGCUAAGGCUGAAUUUGCUGUUUGGGACCAUACAACCCACAAACUUCAAUUAAAGGGCCCGUGGUUACAUUCAGCUGCAGAAGACCUAGAGAGACUACAACUCCCAGCAUGCAAUACUCUGAAUCAAGGGGCUUCCAUCCUAAAGGUGUACUGCCUCAUAGAAGCUGUAGCUGGGACUGGAGGCAUUUCAAUGGAAAUAAAGUCCUGCAAUUGACUCGGCUUUGGCAGUUCGCAGGCCACUAGUGAAGCCUUCCCUUGGCCACGGGGUAGGUGCCUCAGUACUGGGUGACUUGUCCUACGCUGGCCUGGGCGCUUGAAAGGAGGUUUCUUAGCCCCUUGUUGCCAGCUACAGAACGUAGAAUGCCAACUAGUCUGUGUGCCAUGGUGGUGUAGCUGCGUUGCCCAGGAUAAAAGAGAGACAAGGUGGGUAAUAAAACAUAUCACCUCCCCCACCGUCACUCUCCAGUGCUUUGCUAUGUGGCCAGGAGUCUGACCGCCAGCUUUGGCUCCCACCUCCACGACAACCAUGAUUGGCUCUUCCACUGUUAGCUUGGGCAGGUCCCUUCCCACACCUAUCGAGAAGGGGAAAUUCCCUGAGUGACAAGGGUGUUGGGGGCUACCUCAGUGAGAGCAGCUCAGACACUGCUAGAAGGGUGUAUUUGUGCUGACGGGAUGUUUAUGGAUUCAGGAGUGCCCCAGGGUCACACAUGCAGCUCUCAGGACCUUGACAUCUACUCACCACAGCAUGGAGCAGAGAACAGUUUCCAGCUCCAAGGUGGAAAGGUCGGGUGCAGUGACUCCAGCUCCUGCUACACACAGCUGUAUUCAGAGGUAUGCCAUGGCGCUCUCUAACAACCACAUCUGCCCAGUCCACAACUGGAAUUAUAACCAGUCCUGUGGGCUGGAUGGCCCCAUUUCGUGCUGCACUCUGGAUCACAUUCCUCUGGUCAGCAAGUGCGGCACCUUCCCUCCAGAGAGCUGCUUCUUCAGCCUGAUCUGCAGCCUGGGCUCGUUCAUGGUGAUGCUUGUUGGCCUGCUGAGAUACGCCCACGUCAUCGAGUGUUGUGGGCCGUCCCUCCUCAACACCCUGGGGCUGGCGGCAGGCUGGAUCUGCGCCGCUGGCCUCACCAUGGUUGGCAACUUUCAGGUGGACUAUGCCAAGGUGCUGCAUUACAUUGGCGCAGGUGUGGCGUUUCCGACCAGCAUGCUCUUUGUGUUCCUGCAGUCACUUCUGACUUACCGCAUGGCGAAAACCAGGGGCCACUACUGGACCGCCCACUUGCGCAGCAUCCUCUCCGCUCUGGCCUUCAUCACCCUUGUCUUCAGUGGUGUGUUCUUCGUCCAGGAGAGUUUUGUUCUGCAGCACGUGGCCGCCCUGUGCGAGUGGAUUUUCAUCAUCAACAUCCUCGUCUUCUACGGCACCUUCACGUUUGAGUUCGGGGCCAUCUCCACAGACACGUUCCUGGUACUCCUGAAAGCCAGCCGGGCUCCCAAGAGCUACAAAUCCGACAGCAGUACAGCCAGCAUGCCGCACGGCCACCGCCACUCCGAGGGCCUGGCCAUGGUCUGAGGGGGCCUGGCCUCGUCCCUGGAGAGCUGGGAUGGGCAGAUGGGCGAGACAGAAAAUCCAGACAUUGCCAGUGAUUCUCUUGCCUUGAACAUAUCCAGGAACCAAAGUGCCUCCAAUUUGGGGGGAGGGAGAAGGAUUGGGGGCUGAUCCUGACUUCACCUCCCCUUCUGACUCAUGCGGACAAUACACUAAGAAAAUCUGGACCCACAGCCCCAGCAUCACCAGCGCCAUUCAGGGGCUUUUUACCUCCCACCAAAGAGCUCUCCCUGAUGGAGCAGAGAGGUGCUAAAAGGGGAUAGUAGGGAGGGGCAGGGAGUAAAUGGGACUCUGAGGUGGAAUCAGGGUUAAGGUUACGUGGUGCUCUAGAAGUCCUAGGGUUACCCUUCCUUGAUGGUGAGACAUAGAGACAAUCCGAGCAUGAGCUGUCCUUGCAGAGGGGUGUUUAGCAUUGCCUCCGGGCUGGGUUUGGGGAGGGGAGGUCUGCCCUGGUCGAAGGCAGCUUGUCCAUCAGGGAAGGGAGGGAGGGGCAGAAAUGGUUAUGCCAUUGAGGGGCUGGAGGUGGAGGUGAAGAGGACUCGUUCUGUAGGGAGGAAGGUGGGAGAGGUGGCAGCAGGGAGGGGGGCAUGGGGAAGGUGGAGGGGCUGCCCUCUGGGGACCGUGGAUGGCAUGAGAUGAUAAAGUCAGACAAUUCUUUGCUGAGAUGCCAGAGUCCUCUGGGGUAGCUAGGCCUGCUGAAGAGACUAAAACGCCCCCGUCUGCUCGGCUAGCUCAGGAGCAAUGGGGGUGCUUAUUGUAGACCAGUACCUGAUCUCGCUGGGCUGAUCAAGGGUGACCAGAUGGUUGGAGCCAAAAGGCAAGAUGCCUCUCUUCUCCCAGCAGGGUUAAGUCAUGCUGGCAUAUCUGGCUGUGAACAAAGUCUAAGUGAUUAUGGCAAAGGUGAAAUCUGUAGCAGUCGAGGCCUUUCCUAGAAGACCGCUGUCCUGUGGGCCCAUGUGGCCGGUGCUUACCUGGCUGAGCUCGUGCCUGAUGGCUACCCAGGAGCGCCAUGGAGAAAGCAAUCCAGGUGCCAGCCACUCCGGAGUUCAGGCUGAGGCAGCGCUUUGAUUUCAGGGAAGUCCCUAUUUCCAUGGGCUCUUCUCAGGAGUGCCCCCCGCGUUCUGACCCGCUUCCUGCUUGUUCUCAGCCCAGAGCUGGCUUCCACUGAAAGCUCUUUGAGACAGGGAGCAGCUUUUCAUCCUGUGUUUGUACAGCGCCUAGCACUGUGGGGUCCUGGGCUGAGUUGAGCUCCUAGAUGCUGUCAGACUAUAAACAGUAAAUUAGAGAGAGGUUUUAAGCUGCAGUGUGGCCAUACCUGAAUUCUUUCCACAAUCUUCCCCUUCUUCCCUCAAGUCUGCAUAUGUUUAAAGAGUUCUUUGCAUUAAGUAGUGCCCCAAGGCCCCAGUGUGCUAGGUGCUGUGCAGACACAAAUGCCCUGUGCUGAAGAGCUUACAAUGCUUCAGGCUAGAUCUGACAUGUAAAACUUCACGCCCCUGGGGGUUAGUGCUCAGAGGAGAGGACGACUUUACCCUUCUGUAGUGCUGCGUAAUUAGAUCCAGCACGGCUCUCCUGCGCCUAUCCUCUCACUAUUGAGGUGUUCAUGGCACUUUGCUGUCAUUAGUGAAUUCAGCCUCCCAGCCCCUCGGAAGGUGGGUUAUCGUCAUUAUUCCCUUGUUACAGAGAAGGGAAAUGGAGGCAGAGAAAGAUGAAGUGACUUCCCCAACGUAAGCCUACAGCAGAUCCAGCUGUGACUCUUAGCACAAGACCAGCCUUCCUCUACUGCCUAUGCCUUAUAAAGUGCCUUGAUCACAUUGUAAAAUGUUUAGGAACACUGGGGAUGUGAUUGGAAACUGCAUGCUCCCUCUGGGGAUGCUUUCUUGCCUUCAUUACGUGUAGACCAAGGCCAUCUCUUCCAAGGGAGGAUGAGUGGAUCCUAACCUAACUCAGGACAUGAACAAAGUCAGCCAGUCCUACCAAGUUUAAGUCACCUGGUCUCCUGAGGCUGAUCCUUACGAGACCAUGGGAGGAGGGGCUGGUGGGGGUGAACCUUAGAUGUGUAUGAGAGUGAAUGUAGCGGAUGUGUAUUUUUCCCCCUUGACGGGAGUUUGCUGCUGCUGUGUGUGUUAAUGAGGCUCUGAUUCCUGAUUUGCCCACCUUUCAAAGGGAAUUGCCCUGUAAAUUCACCAGGCAUGUGGUUCAGAGAGGAGUGUGAGGAAUAUUUUAUAUGUAAUAUAUGGAAAAUAUAUGUGGAAAAAUCAAUUUGCAAUAAUAAAAUGGAAAAC